GGGCACCACUGUUACGUGGCAUUUUCAGCCCUAGAACAGACCAAAGCGCUUAUUUUCAAAAAUGGAAGAUGCUCAGAUUUAUCAUGGAACAAAACAGUGUAACGUGUUUGCCCUGGGAUUACCACGCUGAAAUCACAAAACAAUUCAUUUGAUGAAGAGUCAAAAGAAUGGGAGGCUGCUGGCUACAGGGCUGUUUGUGUCCUCGGAUCUCUGUUUCUCCCAUGUAGGCUCCGAUCUUCCACGAGGAAGCCAUGAGACAGCAGGGGCCCAGAAAGCCACUAGGAAGCAAUCAUCCGUUGCAGCGGUCGUUUUCCCUACGGGAUGGUUCCACGAUACACAAGUUCUUGGAAGCGAGCUGAUGCUGAAGAGUCUACGGCUCGACCAGGCUGUGGCUCCCUGGCCACACUCCUCUCCACCAACGAAAUCCAAGAGAGUAUCUGUAUGGCUUCCACUCCGGCAUUAGCGUCGUUACCGUACCCGACGGCCUCCGAAGCCCAUGAACGCUAUUGAGCUCUUACA